CAAUUGAUUUUAUUCAUAAGUUAUUGUAAAUGGGAAGAGAAUAAAUUUUUCCCAUUAUCACGUACACCCUGAUUACCUUCAGAGGUAGGUGAUUGUUACCCAGGUGUUGCUAAUGGAUGACUUAGCUCAGUUGUAAUGUGGGUGGGAAAAGGAGGCAAGUCUAAGUUCUUCUUCUUUCUUCUCUGUAGCUUAGCUGGCAUAGACAGCACCUCCGGGUGCUUCUGAUGGCGUGAAGGUAGCUCUCUGCUCUGAUGACACCACUUCGAGGUAAUUUUGUAUUGGCCUCAUGGCCUCAGUUCCGCUCCAUUAUAGUAGGAAGAGGAAGGACAGACAGCAGCCAACAAGCUGCUGUACCGGGGGGGAAUGGACAGAAGGGACGGCAGCCAAUCGGCCACUGUACCUGGAGAGGAUGGACAGAAGGGAUGGCAGCCAAUGGGCUGCUGUACCUGGAGGGAAUGGACAGAAGGGAUGGCAGCCAACAGGCUGCUGUGCCUGGAGAGGAUGGACGGCAGCCAACGGGCUGCUGUAUCAGAAGGGAGAGGAUGGCAGCCUACGGGCCUCUGUACCCAGAGAGGAUGGAUGGCAGCCACCGGGCCACUGUACCAGAGAGAAGGGACGCCAGCCAAUGGGCCGCUGUACCCAGAGAGGAUGGACGGGGAUGUAUGGCAGCCAACAGAACGCUAUACAGGAGGGACAGAUGGCAGCUGUACCAGGAGUGGAGAACAGGGACGUACAGCAGCCAAUGGGCCGCUGUACAAGGAGGAGGAAGGUUGGGAGCGGAAUGCUAUGGUCUGGGGCUGGUCCAGUAUUUAAAUACUCUCCCAAAAUAGAGGGGUUGGAGAUCAGCCACCACCAGAGGCAGUAAGAAUCCUCUCGAUGCACGGAAGAAGGUAACAUAUUCAAGUGUCGCAGCCACACCAAAGAUGGUAUGCACUCCAGUUCCAAUGGUGAUACCACAAAUACCUUGGGGAUUACCAUAUAAUAUGUGGAGUAAUCCACAAUAUUACAAUCAAGUGUUUC